UCAUUGGAACAGAAAGAAAUGGACCUAUCUGCAGUUCAUGUUGAUGAAGUACAAAAUGUUCUUAAUGCUAUGCAGAAAAUCUUGGAAUGUCCAAUCUGUCUGGAGUUGAUCAAAGAACCUGUUUCCACAAAAUGUGAUCACAUAUUUUGCAAAUUUUGCAUGCUGAAACUUCUCCGUCAGAAGAAUGGCCCUUCACAGUGUCCUUUGUGUAAGAAUGCUGUAACUAAGAGAAGCCUACAAGAAAGUACAAGAUUUAGUCAACUUGUUGAAGAGCUAUUGAAAAUCAUUCAUGCUUUUGAACUUGACACAGGUUUGCAGUUUGCAAACAGUUAUAAUUUUGCAAAAAAGGAAAAUAACUCUUCUGAACAUCUAAAGGAGGAAGUUUCUGUCAUCCAAAGUACGGGCUACAGAAACCGUGCCAAAAGACUUCAACAGAGUGAACCUGAAAAUCCUACCUUGGAAACCAGUCUUAGUGUCCAACUCUCUAACCUUGAAAUUUUGAGAUCUCUGAAGACAAAACAGAUACAAUCUCAAAAUAAGUCGGUCUACAUUGAAUUGGGAUCUGAUUCUUCUGAAGAUACUGUUAAUAAGGCAAAUUAUUACAGUGUGAAAGACCAAGAACUGUUACAAAUCACCCCCCAAGGAGCCAGGGCUGAAGCCAGUUUGGACUCUGCAAAAAAUGCUGCCUGUGAGUUCUCUGAGAAGGACAUAACAAAUACUAAACAUCAUCAAUCUAGUACUAACGAUUUGAACAUCAUUGAAAAGCAUGCAACUGAGAGGCAUCCAGAAAAGUAUCAGGGUAGUUCUGUUUCAAACUUGCAUGUGGAGCCAUGUGGCACAAAUACUCAUGCCAUCUCAUUACAGCAUAAGAACAGCAGAUUAUUACUCACUAAAGACAGAAUGGACGUAGAAAAGGCUGCAUUCUGUAAUAAAAGCAAACAGCCUGUCUUAGCAAGGAGCCAACAGAGCAGAUGGGCUGUAAGUAAGGAAACACGUAAUGACAGGCAGACUCCCAGCACAGAGAAAAAGAUACAUCUGAAUAUUGAUCCCCUGUAUGAAAGAAAAGAACAGAAAAAGCAGAAGCCUCCAUGCUCUCAAAGUCCUGAAGAUAUCCAAGAUGUUCCUUGGAUGACACUAAAUAGCAGCAUUCAGAAAGUUAAUGAGUGGUUUUCCAGAAGUGAUGAAAUCUUAAGUUCUGAUGACUCACAUGAUGAGGGGUUUGAACCAAAUGCAGAAGUAGCUGGUGCUCUAGAAGUUCCAAAUAAAGUAGAUGGAUAUUCUUGUUCAUCAGAGAAAAUAGACUUACUGACCAGUGAUCCUCGUGAUUUUUUAUUACAUAAAAGUGAAAGAAACUGCUCCAAACCUGUAGAGAGUAAUAUCGAAGAUAAAGUAUUUGGGAAAACCUAUCGGAGGAAGGCAAGCUUCCCUAACUUGAGCCGUGGAACUGAUAAUCUCAUAGGAGCAUUUGCUACUGAGCUGCAGAUAAUGCAAGAGCGCCCCCUCACAAAUAAAUUAAAACGUAGACAGAGAACUACAACAGGCCUUCAACCUGAGGAUUUUAUCAAGAAAGCAGAUUUGUUAGUUGUCCAGAAGACUCCUAAAAAGAUAAAUCAGGGAGCUAGCCAAAUGGAACAGAAUGGUCAAGUCAUAAAUAUUGCUAGUAAUAGUCACGAGAAUGAAACAAAAGGUGAUUAUGUUCAGAAAAAGAAAGAUCCUAACCCAACAGAAUCAUUGGAAAAAGAAUUUGCUUUCAGAACUAAAGCUGAACCUAUAAGCAGUAGUAUAAGCAAUAUGGAACUAGAAUUAAAUAUCCACAAUUCAAAAGUACCCAGAAAGAAUAGGCUGAAGAAAAAAUCUUCUACUAGGAAUAUACAUGCACUUGAACUAGUAGUCAAUGGAAAUCCAAGCCCAACUAAUCAUACUGAACUACAAAUUGAAAGUUGUUCUAGCAGUGAAGAGAUAAAGAAAAAAAAUUCUGACCAAAUGUCAGUUAGGAACAACAGAGAGCUUCUGCUGAUGGAAGAUAAAGAACCUACAACUGGAGGCAAGAAGAGUAACAAGCCAAAUGAACAAACAAGUAAAAGACAUGCCGGUGAUGCUACCCCAGAACUGAAAUUAACAAACAUGCCUGGUUUUUUUGCUAAUUGUUCAAAUACUAAUAAACUAAAAACAUUUGUCAAUUCUAGCGUUCAAAGAGAAGAAACAGAAGAGAACCUAGAAACAAUUCAGGUGUCUAAAUAUAUCAAAGACCUGGUGUUAAGUGGAGAAAGGGUUUUGCAAACAGAGAGAUGUGUAGAGAGUGCCAGUAUCACAUUAGUACCUGAUACCGAUUAUGGUACUCAGGACAGUAUCUCAUUACUGGAAUUUAACACCCCAGGAAAGGCAAAAAUGGCACCAAAUCAACACGCGAGUCAGUGUACAGCAAUUGAAAGCACCAAGAAACAAAUCCACGGUUGUUCUAAAGAUACUAGGGAUUACACAGAGGGCUUUAAGGAUCCAUUGAGAUGUGAAGUUAACCACAGUCAGGAGACAAGCAUAGAAAUGGAAGAGAGUGAACUUGAUAUUCAGUAUUUACAGAAUAUGUUCAAGGUUUCAAAGCGUCAGUCAUUUGCUCUCUUUUCAAACCCAGGAAAUCCAGAAGAGGAAUGUGCAACAGUAUCUGCCCACUCCAGGUCCUUAAGGAGAGAAAGUCCAAAAGUCACUCUUGAACGUGAACAAAAAAAAGAAAAUCCAGGAAAGAAAAAGUCUAAUGCCACACACAUACAGGCAAUUAGCACGACUGCAGACUUUCCUGUGGUUUGUCAAAAAGAUAAGAAGCCAGGUGAUUAUGCCAUUAAAGGAGACUCUAGUUUUUUUCCAUCUCAAUUCGGAGGCAGUGAAACUGAACUCAUUACUGCAAAUAAACAUGGAAUUCUACAAAACCCAUAUUAUACACAAUCACUUUCUCCCAUCAGGUCAUUUGUUAAAACUAAAUGUCAAAAAAAUCUAUCAGAAGAAAGAUUUGAGGAACAUUCAACAACACCUGAAAGAACAAUGGGAAAUAAGAACAUCAUUUCAAAUACAGUGAGCACAAUUAGCAAAAAUAUUAGAGAAAGUGCUUUGAAAGAAGCCAGCUCAAGCAGUACUAAUGAAGUGGGUCCUAGUACUAAUGAAGUAGGCUCCAGUGGUGAAAACGUUCAAGCAGAACUAGGUAGAAACAGAGGAUCUAAAUUGAAUGCUAUACUUAGAUUGAGUCUUAUGCAACCUGAAAUCUAUAAGCAAAGUCCUCCUAUAAGUAAUUGUAAGCAGCCUGAAAUAAAAAGGCAAGAAGAAAAUGAAGGAGCACUUCUGACUGUUAAUAAAGAUUUCUCUGAAUAUUUAAUUUCGGAUCACCUAGAACAACCUAUAGAAAGUAGUCAUGUUUCUCAGGUUUGUUCUGAGACACCUGAUGACCUGUUGGAUGAGGAUGAAAUAAAGGAAAAUACUAGCUUUACUGAAAGUGAUAUUAAGGAAAAAUCUGUUAUUUUUAGCAAAAACGUCCAACAAGGAGAGUUUAGCAGGAGCCCUAAUCCAGUGGCCCAUACAUGUUUGCCUCAAGAUCACCAAAGAGGGGCCAGGAAAUUAGAGUCCUCAGAAGAAAACAUAUCUAGUGAGGAUGAAGAGCUUCCCUGCUUCCAACAUAUAAUAUUUGGUAAAGUAACCAAUAUACCUUCUCAAUCUGUCAAACAUAGCACUGUUGCCACUGAGUGUCUGUCCAAGAAAACAGAGGAGAACAUAGUAUCACUGAAGAAUAGCUUAAAUGACUGUAGUAACCAGGUCAUAUUGGCAAAGACAUCCCAAGAACAUCACCUUAGUGAGGAAGAAAAAUGUUCUGCCAGCUUGUUUUCUUCACAGUGCAGUGCAUUGGAAGACUUGGCUGCAAAUACAAACACCCAGGAUCCCUUCUUGAUGUUUGAUCCUCCUUCGAAACAAAUGAGUCAUCAGUCUGAAAACCAGGAAGUUGUUCUGAGUGAUGAGGAAUUGGUUUCUGAUGAUGAAGAAAGGGAAAUGGGCCUGGAGGAAGAUAAUCACCAAGAAGAGCAAAGUGUGGAUUCAAACUUAGGUGAAGCUGCAUCUGGGUAUGAGAGUGAAACAAACCUCUCAGAAGACUGCUCAAGGCUGUCCUCUCAGAGUGAUAUUUUAACCACUCAGCAGAGGGAUACCAUGCAAAUUAACUUGGUACAGCUCCAACAGGAAAUGGCCAAACUGGAAGCUGUGUUGGAACAGCACGGGAGCCAGCCUUCUAACAGCUCCCCUUCCCUGAUAGCUGACUCUUGUGCCUCCGAGGACCUGUUAAAUCUGGAACAAAACAUACCAGAAAAAGCAGUAUUAAUGUCACAGAAAAGUAGUGAAUACCCUAUAAGCCAGAAUCCAGAAAACCUUUCAGCUGACAAGUUCCAAGUAUCUCCAGAGAGUUCCAGCAGUAAAAAUAAAGAACCAGGAGUGGAAAGAUUUUCCCCUUCUAGAUCCCAGUUGUCAGAUGAUAGAUGGGAUGUACACAGCCACUCUGGGGGUCUUCAGAGCAGACACUGCCCAACUCACGAGGAGCUCAUUAAAGUUGUUGAAGAGCAGAAACUGGAAAAGUCUGGAUCACACUAUUUAAUGGAGCGAUCUGAUUUGCCAAGGCAAGAUCUAGAGGGAGCCCCUAACCUUGCUUCUGGGAUCUGCCUCUUCUCUGAUGAUCCUGAAUCUGAUCCUUCUGAAGACAGAGCCUCAGAAUCAGCUCAUGUUUGCAGCAUGCCAUCCAAAACCUCUGUGUUAAAAUUACCCCAAUUUCAGGUUGCAGAAUCUGCCGAGAGUUUAACUGCUGCUCAUACUACUAAGACUGCUGAGUACAAUGCAAGGGAAGAAACCAUGAGCAAAGGGAAGCCAGAAUUGACACCUUCAAUGGAUAGGGUCAACAAAAGAAUAUCCAUGGUGGUAUCAGGUUUGACCUCAAAAGAACUUAUGAUUGUGCAGAAGUUUGCCAGAAAACACCACAUCUCUUUAACUAAUCUAGUUACUGAAGAGACUACUCAUGUCAUUAUAAAAACAG